UUCCUUGUUCGUCAUCACGUAAAACUACGUUCUGUUCGAACGUGGCAGCGCCAAAAGCUGGUUAUCCGCUUCGGUGGAUGUUCCUUCGGAUGAGAAUUCCCAGGCAAACUGGACAUUUUGAGAGCUAUGACGACGCGGUAGAAUCUAGUAAGGAUUAUAUAUCAGCUAAUCCUUCUCUUUCCGAAGUCUAAACCAAACUGGAGGACAUGACAGCUGCGGCUUGCAGCAUGUGGAGAGGACUUUUCAGCGUAGGAGAAGACCUGGAUGAUGAAGACUUGCUGGAAGCUGACUGGACACGUGCGUCAGCUUCGGGGUCAUCUGCAGUUCCAGCUUGUGCACCCUUAGAAGAAUCACAUGCAGUUUGUGCCCAUGAUGCACAGCAGAGCUCCGCUGCGCCAUCAGCCAGCUUCUCAGACAGGAGUUCAGUGCCAUGCUCAGAUCUUUCCAAAUCCCGACCUGUGAAAGGUUUAAGAAGCCUGGCCAACCCUGCCUCUUCAUCUGUCUCCUGCUCUGUCCCUCACACACAUGCAGGUUCUCCGGCUUCUCUUCAAGCACCUUUUGGGGGCUCUGAUGCAAUCUCAUCUCUGCGACCUCCUUCAAAUUGUCCACCUGUCCAUUCAAACCCUCAAUCUGGCAUCUGCCAUGUUCCCAAGAAAGACAUUCCAGCUCAGGAUGACUUUGAUGACUGGGAUAUAGACCUGGAGGAGUUGGACGAGUGUGUUCCUCAGAAAGUUUCUGCUCCAGACAAAGACAUUGAACCCGACAGCAUUUCCCCAGCUAAACGGACGAGAUUAUCAGGUGUUCGUGAAGAUGCACCAGUUGUAACUUCUCUCCGAGGAUUCUGCAACACUACACCAAAAUCCGCACCCCCGCAGUCCUUUAUUCGUCCCCCAUGUUCUAGUACACUUUUCCCACAAAACUCCCGGCAAGCCCCUGUACCUCCAGCCUGCCGCUUCACCAGUCCAGUGACUCCUGGACCUAUGAGAGCGACAUCUCUGUGGCAAAGAGGAGCUGUUACUCCUCGAGCAGAAAAUCGCUCUUUAUUCCAGGCUGUAUCUCCUGCUCCGUUGACUCCCCAAACACCACGUCCUCUCCACAUGCCUGUCCUGACUAAUCACCUGGUCCAGCUGGUGUCCGCAGCCAGUAAGACGCCUCGGAGGCCGAGGAGCGAUUCCGGUCAUCCCAAAAUGCGUCGGUUUCCUGGUCCAGCGGGUGCACUGCCGCAACAGAUCAGUGGGCGGGGUCUGGAUGACAUUGUUGUGGCAGUUCCACAGACACCAGCACACGGGGCUGUGGCUCGCACACGCAGUGAGGUCCCAAGCUCUCAAGUAAAUGAGGAAGAGGAGUUCAACGUCGGUCCGUGGGCAGCAAUGAAGGCUGAGAUGGGAUUGGAUGAGAGAAACCCUUCCUGUUUCCUCCAUUCCUACAGCGUUGUCAUGGUGCUGCGGAAAGCGGCGUUAAGACAGCUGUCCAAGAAUAAGGUGCCUAACAUGGCGGUGGUGUUAAAGAGCAUUUUACACACCCAUGCCGAUGCCAAAGCAGUGUUCAGGGACCCCACGGGUGAGAUGCAGGGUACAGUUCACAGACGGUUGCUGGAGGAGAGACAAGGAGAGCUGAAGACUGGCGCAGUGCUGCUGCUCAAACAAGUGGGCGUGUUCUCCCCCUCUAAUCGGAACCACUACCUGAACGUAACACCCAAUAACCUUCUUCGAAUCUACCCUCCUGACGGAGCAGUCCACGCCUCCUCCCAGCAUUCUCAGCCUGCACUGGAACCUGCUGGAUUACUGCAUUGUGUGUCCUCCAAGCCUGAAGGGGGCCCCAUAUCUCAGAUGGAACUGCAUUUUGAUGAUGAUGAUGAGGAGCAGGAGCAGGGCAGCGUCCCAGCUAAUGGGGUGGUCCAGUCUACUACACGACCUGACUGCUCAGAGGAUGCUCAAUGGGAUGCAGAUGAUCUUGACGAGCUGCUUGGGGAGUUGCCUGUCGAGUCUUACUCCGCCUGACGCCGACACCAUUAAUAUAGAAAUGUGCCAGACCACAGCAAAAUGGCACAGCCGAACAUGCUUUUUGUUCAGUUUGUGUUUGUAUAGAAGCUGUUGUAAGAUAUGUACAUAAUCAGAAAACAGUCAUCUGGACGAGGAGAUGAAUAAAUGUUCGAGUUUGAACUGUCUACUAGGGUUUUUUUUUUUUUCUUCUUCUUCUUCUUCCCCUCCUCCCCCAACCCGAGUAUUGUAGGUUUAAUUCUUCCUGGUUAAAUAAUAAUACCAGAUGAGUUCAUUCUAUCUUAACAUCAUGGUUUUUCUUUUGCGCACCAACACUGACAGGUUACUCAGGCAUUAGCAGUGCUGUGUGAAUGAAUUCUCAGUGCGUAUAUGAAUGAGAUCUGUGUGUUGACAAGUGUAAUAUUUGAGCUGUCAUACAGACAGGUGUGCUGGUGUAGGUUUCCAUGGUUACUCCAUCCUGCGCCCUUGAAUUUAAAGAGGUUCUCGAGACAAAAGUCUGACAGCUUGAUCCACUUGCGAAGACAUAACAGGUCUUUCAAGGUCACUGGAGAAUGGUUUUAAUGGACUUUAUUCAUGUCAAAACCCUGUCCUGUGCUGAUCCGCGUGUUGAAUAAGGAGUAUUGUGGUGGUGAUAUAUUUACUUAUUUAAUUAAUAAUAAUUAUUUUUUUAACAUAUGGCUGUCUCUAUAACUCUCUAGCCUUGCACUUUUUACUUAUUUAUGUAUGUAUUUAUUUUUUUGAAUUAUUACGUUUUAUUUUUUUAUAUAGCCAACUCUCUAGCCUCGCUCUUAUUUAUUUCUUUGUAUAUUUAAAUUAUUUUUUAUAUGGCCGUCUCUCUAGCAUCGCCCUAUUUAGUUAUUUAUUUAUUUUUGUUUAUUUUUAUUGUUUAACAUUUAAAAAAAAAAAAAAUAUAGCCGUCUAUAACUCUAGUCUUGCUCUUUUUUCCCCCCUUUUCUUUUUUUCUUUUCUUUUCUCUCCCUCCCCUCAUGUUUUCUCAUCUUGCUCUUGUUUCUUCCUACUCCUCAUGCAAGUUAUCAUGUCUUUCACCCCCCGAUGAGGCGUAUUCCCACUUGUAUGAUGUUAUGUAAUUAUAUAUAAUUGAAUUAAUGACCGUAGUGUCAUCCCAUUCACACUUCUUGUUUUAACUCUUCAGACCAAUGGACAGAGAUUGAUGGACUGUAAAUGUUGGAGUGUUUUGAGAGGAAAUCAGUGAACGAGGCACUGCCAGAUAGUGAAAGUUUGUCUUCUACCUGUAAGACAUACUUUUCAAAAAUGUCUGUGACCGAGCCCAAACAUUGUAGUAAUAAAAAUGGUUUUGCUUUGAUUAAGUUAA